AGUAACUGAUGUUGCGAGGUUGAUGCUUCUCCGGUUUGAGACGGACGGAGAAUUCGACCAGGAGAAGGAUUAUCGGAACAUCCUUAGUUGUACCCAGAGAAAUCGGGGAACAACAUCACCGCUCCUGACCCUUUUCUUGCUCCGGUAAUCAGGAGGAGGAUAGGUGUUGGCGUGGGAUCCGAGGACACGACGUUGGGUGGUAGAACCGUAACUUUUUUUUCCAAAAUAAAAAAGUUUAUCGCUCCCGAACGUCUGCCUCUGUUCCGACUUCGCGGAAGUUUGAGGCGAUCGUCUUUUUUUCACUCGAGUAUCGUCAGGCGAAAAGGCCAUUGCCACUGUGAUCUAUCCCCUGUGGGUUUGUGCUGGGUUUUCAAGCAUACGUUCGUCAAAGGGAGCUGCAUUCUUGACACGUCGACACGAGACCGGCAAACCCAACGCCGUCUCGUCACCGGCGGUUGCCAACAUCUCCAUCGAUUUGAUCCGAUAUCUAUCGAUCAAUCAAUCAAUCAAUCACCUGAGCGAUAUUCCGUCGAUUGUUCAUCUUUUGUUCUUUUUAACUAAUAACUUGAGGGAAAAUCGAGGAAUCCACGAUGAGGACUUUAAUGGUGAUUUGUUUGUUGAUGGUAGGCUUGGGCUUGGCGUCCGCCAAACCUAGACCACUCUUCAUCGACGAAUUGAUGGAUGUUGAGGAGAAUGAUAAUUGGAUGGCACAUUCGAAGUCGAGGACGCGUCGUCAAGCGCAAUAUACAGGAUUUAAGGAAUCGCAGCAGCAACUGGAAUUACUCAGGGUUCGUAUGAAUGAUAUCGACGAAGACCUAAGACCAUGUGACGAAACAGACCUCACGAAAGGAGUCCAGUGCAUUGAGGAAGACAAAUGCAUCACGUGGAAUCAAGUCUGUGAUGAGAUACAAGACUGCGGUAUCCCACAGCUCGCAGACUGCCUCAACCAGACUGUGAAGAACUAUGGCAGCGAGCGGGAAGAGCUGUGUAACGGCGACGAGAACCGAAAAUGGUGCGACCUCAAGCAGCAUCUUCCAAGGAGAUGUGGUGAAGACAUCGAUAUGUCUGAUAUGACUAACAAGAGUGUGCGGAUAGUUUCCCCUAACUACCCACGACCGUACCCAAGCGAUAUGUACUGUUACUGGCAGGUCAAAACCACAGAGGGCAACAGGCUUGCUGUCUCCGUAACGAAAUUCGACACAGAAUCAGACUACGACUUCUUCAGUUUAGGAAAAGGUGAGAAGGAGGAUGAGGAAGAACCCACACGCUACCUGAUCUACAAACACAGUGGACCAGAUAUGCCACAACCGAGAGCAUUCCGCGUCGACAGUGACACGAUAUGGAUGACCUUUAAGAGUGAUGACUGGGACAACUUCUCAGGCUUUGAUAUUACCGUUGCUGAUACAUCUGUCUUUGAUCCCGGAAAUGUCGCCCAAAGCCCUUUCCCAGAUGCAAAGAAUAAAUCUUGUGGAGGGACUAUCAGACUAGACGUAGAUUCGGAGCAAGAAAUCACUUCACCGGGGUACCCAGAGCCUUAUGGCAAUUACAUGGAAUGUGACUGGGUGAUCCGCAUCGUAAGAGGUCGGCGUAUUGGUAUAUCCUUCCAAAGCUUCGAUCUGGAGACUAACCAGGACUUCGUGGAAAUCGGAACAGGCGGCACCCCUGGAUCCAACGAAGCACCUAGUCGGCCUGAAGUAAGAAGCGAUUAUUUCACCGGAGGCGGGAAGCUCACUGGACGCAACCCUUCUUCCAAACCCAUAGUAAUUGAUAACAAUCAAGCUUGGAUGAGGUUUACCAGUGACCCAGCCAAUGCCUGGCGUGGCUUCAGGGCUAUCGUAAGAGACCAACCCUAUACUGGUUGUGGCGGAUCUAUCGACGUACCUGAGGACGGGUCCAUCGUUGUAGCUUCACCUCUCUUCCCUGACUUGGGCUACCGGAUAAACCUCAACUGCAUCUGGAAGUUUACCGGAGCCCCCGGACGCCAACUCUCCGUCAUUUUCAAAGAAUUCGCCACAGAGAAGAUUUACGACACUGUCAGCGCUGGAUACGGUGGAGGCCCUGCCAAUGAUGGAUCAAAUUACGUCAUCGAUGACCACAGCGGUAAUGAGCUGCCGGACCCAGUCGGGUUCGAUACUCCUCAGAAUGAAGCUUGGGUUUAUUUUAGAUCAGACGCCUCUGUCAUCGAUCGGGGGUUCAAAGUAGAAGUAUCAGAUACCAGCAUUAGACCUGCUAAUUUUACACCCGAGACACGUCCCACACAGGAGCCUGACACAAAUUGCGGAGGCGAGGUAGAAGCUGCCGUCGGCAGCACUAAACUGGUUAUUAACUCACCACGAGCUGGUUCUAAAUACAGGAAACUGCUGGACUGUCUUUGGGAGAUCGAGGUCCCUUUCAGCGGGAAAGUCCGCAUUUCCUUUUCGCAAUUCCAAACAGAGAAGAACCGUGAUGUCAUCAAGGUCGGUAACGGAACGGACCCUGACGAAGGAGAGCCGUUCCUCGUUCAUAGCGGCCGCCAAAAGCCUGAGGAUAUCAUAACAACCGCUCACAAUCUCUGGGUCCGAUUCAUCACCGACUAUGACUAUGAGCUUUCCGGUUGGACUAUGGUCAUUGAAACCCUGCCAUACAAUAAUUGCAGUGGUCACCUUCACAUCCUCCCUGAAGGAGGCAUCACUAUUGGCUCGCCCAACUAUCCUUACAACUACAACAAUGGAGAGACUUGUUAUUACCAGAUCAUCGGGGCACCCGGAAAGAGGAUAGAGUUGCAGUUUCUGAUGUUCAAUACCGAACCGGGCAACGAUAUCCUCAGCAUCGGGGAAGGCUGCAUCAUGCAAGGCGGGGAUAUCAUAGUCGACGAAUACAGCGGACAUAAUAGGCCUAUGCAAGACCAGUCCCAAGGUCGAUACUUCUCCCGAACAAACGCUGUCUGGAUGAUCUUCAAUACCACUGAUUACAGCGAUUACGCCGGAUGGCUCAUCAACUUUAAAGACGCCAUGACUCCUGCUGAUGACAGUCCUGUGUGUCCCAUCUUCGUCCCUCCAACCCGACCUCCCCCAACCACCAAGGCACCAUACACGGUCCCGAUCUAUUCUGAAGAUACUAACUUUUCGGGUGAUAACUUUCUACCUGACUGGUAUAACGAUCUGACAGACACCCAGAACGAAAACCAAGAUGCAGAUUUCGAAGAUACACCAGUGGGAAGCGGGGCGUACGCUCUCCCUCCAAAGCCAUAUCAUCCCUAGAGGUUAAGGGAAAUUAGCAACAACAACAAAAGAGGGGCUACACAGCGUAAAAAAUCACCAAUGGCUAUCAAGAAAUAUAAAGGACACGAAAAGAUUUUGUAACAUGAAUGGUUUGUAUGAUUCUGUGCAAAAGGAUAUUUUAGUUAGGGGUUAAGCCGAAGACGUUGUUCGAUCGAUUUCUAAACAUUCAUUUUACGGGAGUUCCCUGACUCUGAGUUUU